AUGAAUCAAGGAGAAUUAAUUGAGCAAUACGAAAGCUCAGAGGAACUCAAUGUCCCUGACGAAUUCAGUGAGGACGCCUUCGACGACAUUGGCUACGACGAGCAAUCUGAUAGAUACGUGCCGAGAGAUAGCAUCUCUAGCAGAGGGGGAGGAGCUGCUAGAAGAGGCACUGAUCGAAAGAUUCCUGCAACAUAUAUCUCUAGAUCAAAGCGAGCAUCCAAUAGCCAACAUAACGAUCCAAACUCAAAAAAUGAUAUAUCCAAAGAAAAGGAGGCUAAGAUGUAUAAAGAAGAUGAUGCCAACGAGCCAUCUCAAGACUUGAAGUCCGAAAGCGUCAUAUCUGAAUAUGUUUCUGAAAAGAUAUAGUCUACCUUGAAAGCGAUAUUGAAAGAGAAGAAGUCAACGCAAAUAAGCUUCAGAAACACCCAGGAGACAGUGAGAGAAACAAGCAAAUUGAGGAGUAUUUGGAUAUUGCGCAAGAUGAUUACAUCAACAGGGACGAAUACGAGAACCAAUCUGAAGUUGAACCAGAGCCUGAACCUGAAAAUCAAUCAGAGAAUCAAUCUGGUCAUGAAAAUGAUCUCCCAGAUCUAAGUGAAGAGCAGCAAAAAAUGUACGAUGAAUUAGAGAAAAAUAAGCAGGAGUUAUUAGCCAGGAAGGAGGAACUAGAGACUCAAAUUGAUGAGCUAAGCAUGGAACUGGAUAAUGCCUUCCCAAUCGAUCAGCAUCCUUCAGCAGCACUUCAAGACGUUGAUCCAAAAUUCCUCACAGAAUUAAAAUCUCUGGCAGCCCCUCCAAGUACAGUGAAAGAGGUUGGAUCAGGAGUCAUGAUAUGAUUCCAAGCCCCAACUGAUUGGAACAGUUUUAAAAAGAUGGCAAGUGAUAGAAAUAGGUUCAUGGCAUUGCUUAGAAACUAUGACUCAGUCCACAUGGAUGAGAAAGUUCUCGAAAGUCUUGACGACCACAUUGAAACUCAUGAUUUAGCAAAUAUUCCCGGAAUAAAGAAAAAGUCUCUUGGUGCAGCAGUUUUAGCAAAAUGGUUAGUUUCAGUUAGCCAUUCAGGCCACAUUAAUCAAAACUUGAGAGAGCCGAGAGAGAGGAAGGAACAACUCACUACAGAGCAUGCUCAGAUAGUAUACGAUCUUGAGAGAAUAGAGGAGACUCAGGCACACAUCCUCGGUAUUAGAGACACCUCAGAUCUCCGUAAUGCUGGACUUCAAACAAUCUACGAAGGAGGUCGUCACUAUCUCCAUUAUGAGUCAGUUGGUGAUGAUGGAAAUCCUCAGACAAUUACUCAAGAGUUCAUUGCUGACUUCUAUCCAGAGCUUCAGAUGGAUCACCCUAACGAGGUCUCUCAAAAUGAGAUGUCUGAAGAUAGAGACAUAGGACAGGAAAGCUUAUUCUACAUCUCAAAUGAAAUUAAAAAGAAGGACCAAAGCAAAAAGUUCGUUCUCUGGGAGACCAACGAAAUCAGGAACCACUGGGAAGAAAUGGACAUUAAAGGAAAGAAACAGCUCAAAGAUUCCAACCAGAACCAGUGGGCAUACGAUGGUGAUGAUAAGCUUCCCAGUACUGUAGAUAGUAUUAAACAUAAAUAAGAGGGCCACCAAGCUUCCUACCAUAGUUCAAGAUUAUGAUGAAUUGAGAGUCCCAAAGAAAGACCAUUAUAUUAACAACGUAUUCCAUCAGAGUGCCCUUCAGGAUAGACUAGAGCAGAAGAAGCGUCAGAAGAAAGCUCCAAAUUCGCAUGCAACAUUCUCUAAGCCAGAUGAGUCUAUCAAGACUAGUGCUGUCAGAGACCUGAAGCUGAAUGCCAGCAACAACCAAGAAGCUCAAGGUAGCAGAGCUAAUCAGCCAAACACGAUCAAGGCGGCUGGAAGACCAAUUUUCGGAGGCACCUCAAGCAGCAGCUCCAUCUCUUCGAACAUAGACAUGGGCAGAGCGAGAACGUUCUAUUCAUCGAAUAUAUUUUAAGUGGAGCCCAAUA